GGAAGUGAACAGUCGCUCCAACAUGGCGGCGUGGAGGACCUACGCCGUCUUGCCUCCUCUCGGAGCGGCGAGGACGUUUUCCGGAGUUUAAGGGGAGGCAGCAGGUGGACUAACAACUUCCAGCAACGUUCUGGUUUUCGCAAAGUCGCCAAAAAACCUGAGAGCAAAAAUGUGGAGAAUGAAGUUGGACAUUUGGACUCAUCAGAAACGGCGUCCCACCGGCCUCCUCCUCCUCCGUCCUCGAGCACACCGCGAGACUUUGGCCGACUGGUGCGCCCAUUGCUCUUCACCGUGGGGUUUACAGGCUGCUCCUUCGGCUCGGCGGCCAUCUGGCAGUACGAGUCGCUCAAGUCCCGCGUGCAGAGCUACUAUGACGAUCUGCGAGCCGAUUGGCUGGAAAGGGUGCGGCCGCAGAAGCGAGGGGACGUCCGCAAGGAGGUCAACCAAUGGUGGAACACUUUGAGUGAGGGACAGAAGACAGUCACAGCCAUCCUGGCCGCCAACGUGGUGGUGUUCUGCUGCUGGCGAGUUCCGUGGCUCCAGCGCUCCAUGUUCAAGUACUUCACCGCAGACCCCGCCUCCAAGACGUUGUGCUCGCCCAUGCUGCUGUCAACCUUCAGCCACGUGUCCUUCUUCCACAUGGCCGCCAACAUGUACGUGCUGUGGAGCUUCUCUACCAGUGCUGUCUCCAUGCUGGGGAGGGAGCAGUUUGUGGCCGUUUACAUGUCGGCCGGUGUGAUUUCCAGCUUUUUCAGCUACGUGAGCAAAAUGGCCACCGGGAGGUUUGGUCCUUCUUUGGGAGCGUCGGGCGCCAUCAUGACCAUCCUGGCUGCAGUUUGCACGAAAAUGCCUGAAGCCAAACUGGCCAUCAUCUUCCUCCCGAUGUUCACGUUCACUGCGGCCAACGCAUUAAAGGCGAUUGUUGCCAUGGAUGCGGCUGGUUUAGUGCUGGGUUGGCGGUUCUUUGACCACGCGGCUCACCUGGGAGGUGCCGUGUUUGGCAUUUGGUACAUCCUCUUCGGACACGAGCUCAUUUGGAAGAACCGCGAGCCUUUUGUCAAAAUUUGGCACGAGCUGCGGACCGGUCGAGGUGGCGGAAACGGAGGCGAGCCAGGAGGCGCCGCGUAGGACGUUUGAAUGGACUCAUGGGAACGAUUAAGUUCUCCAGACUUGAUCAAUACUUUUUUUUAAAUUUGAGAAAGAGUUUCUGUACAGGUCCAACCUACUUCCUCAAUAAUAUGUCAAAACGUCAAGUUGUUUCGUAACAUGAUCGUCAAUCUUUGUUAUUCUUUUCCCGAUUGUCUUUCCAAAGUACAAGUCACAUAGCGAAUUCUAUUUUGGUAAGGGUUGACCUUGACUUUUAGCAGUUAAUCAAUAACAAGGUCAAAAAUGUAUUUGGAACAAACCAUUUUGAGUUAUAUGUCAAAUAGAAGUCUGGGUUGGCGACUUUUUACAAAUCUACUUGUUAAACUGUCACAUCGUGGCGUGGCACUUUGGCAAGAUAGCCACUCACCCUAUGGGCGACAUUUAUUAAUAACAAUGUUGUUUUAUGCAUUUAUGCUACACCAAUAAAGGCACAAUAUGAAGCCAGAAAACCAAAA